AAGAAAAAGGAAAAACUUGUCACAGAAAACUCACACACAGAACCAGCCGAGAACAUGGCCGAGACGAGCAAGCUUCUUCUUCUUUCUUUCUCUCUCUACAAUCGGCCUGCCAUUCAAGAAGAAGAAGAGCAAUAUUAUAACGCUUUACCCUAAACCCUAGACCAACCCACUUCUUCUUCUUCUUCUUCUUCUUCUUCUUCUUCUUUUUUGAUAUUCCGUAUUCUUGAAGCAAUCCGUGGAUUCAGUUCUCCCUCCAUCGUCAACCAGUUUGAAUUUUGUUUUUAUGGUUUUUCUGAGGGAUUUUGCCACGGGAUCCACUGUUGUAAGGUGGCGUUGAUGAAGCUUCUUCGUCGAUGCCAGAGGAUUCUCAUCCUCUCUCUGCUUUCUCUCUCUGUUCUUGCUCCUUUGGUUCUCGUUUCUCACCGUCUCAAGACCAUCACUUCUAUUGGGCGGAGAGAGUUCAUAGAUGAUUUAUCCAGCAGGAAGCGGAGAGAUGUUGAAGCACUUAACUCAAUUGAACAGGAAGCGGGCGAGAGCUUGAAAGAACCCAAACCUAUUGUUUUUGAAGAUAAAAAUUUUCAAUCUAGAGAAGGAAUUAACUCCCUUGAAUUUGGUAUGUUUGUGUGUGUGUGUGUGUUUGUGUCUUAUUUUUCCCCUGUUGUUCUCACUUCUCUUAUUUAUUUUGCUUUAUUCGGAGAUUUUUCCAUUUGGACUUCAGGAAGUAAACCCAGCAAUGAACAGAAGGAUAAACGGUUUGAGGAUGGUGGGGAAAAGAAGCAUUCUUCUAAGGAAACUGGACGACAUGAUAGUAAUCUUCAUGCUCAGUCGAGAGGAGUGAGGGACGUGGAAAUAGAGAUAAAAUAUCCACAACAUAAUCGGAGUGCUACCAAGCGUGAUAAGAAUGCACACAUAGCCCAGUCUAGAUCUGUAGAUUAUAAGGUAAAGGAAAUCAAAGAUCAACUGAUAAGAGCAAAAGCCUACCUAAGUUUUGCCCCACCAGGUAGUACUGCUCAUCUGAUGAAAGAGUUAAGACAACGAGUCAAAGAGUUGGAACAUGCAGUUGAGGAAGUUACUGAGGAUUCAGCUUUGCCAAAGAGUGCUUUGCAGAAAAUGAAAAAUAUGGAGUCUUCAUUAGUAAAAGCGGGCCAUGCUUUCCCAGACUGCUCGGCAAUGUCUUCAAAGCUUCGAGCUAUGACUGAAAAUGCUGAAGAGCAAGUUCGAAUGCAAAAGAAACAAACUACUUAUCUUCUAAAUCUUGCCGCAAGAACCACCCCUAAAGGCUUUCAUUGUCUAUCAAUGCGAUUGACUUCUGAAUACUUUGCUUUGCAACCUCCGGAGAAGCAGCUGCUUGAACAGCAAAAGUUGCAUGAUUCUAAGUUGUAUCAUUAUGCUGUCUUCUCUGACAAUGUUUUGGCUAGUGCAGUUGUUGUCAAUUCCACUAUUUCAAGUGCUAAGGAGCCGGAGAAAAUUGUCUUCCAUUUAGUGACCAAUUCAUUGAACUUACCAGCAAUGUCCAUGUGGUUUUCACUAAAUCCUCCCGGAAAAGCCACAAUUGAGGUCCUGAGCAUGGAACACUUUAAAUGGCUGUCCACUGAGUAUGAUUUAGGAUGGAAGAUGCAAAAUUCAAGUGACCCAAGGUUUACUUCUGAACUCAACUAUCUUCGGUUCUAUCUACCAAAUAUCUUCCCUUCACUGGAUAAGAUCAUACUUCUUGAUCACGAUGUGGUGGUGCAAAAGGAUUUAUCUGGUUUGUGGCACCUUGAUAUGAAGGGAAAAGUAAAUGCUGCUGUUGAAACUUGUCUAGAUAGUGAAGUUUCUUUUCUACGGAUGGAUAUGUUUAUCAACUUCUCAGAUCCAUUGAUUACUGAAAAGUUCGACCAUAAGGCAUGCACAUGGGCAUUUGGGAUGAACUUAUUUGAUCUCAGAAGGUGGAGGGAAAAAAAUAUAACCGCUCUCUAUCAUAAUUAUCUACGAUUGAUCAUACCUAGUACAUCGAAGAGAAAAUGGGUGGGAGUUAAAGUACAAAUGGGAAAGAGCUUGGAUUAUUUGAUUGUAAGAUGGAGUUGAAGUUCACCCAGAGUUUGGUGGGAAUUUGGGGCACGGGAGAAGUAUCCAAUGGAGAAGAAAGAUCAAAGGAGGAUCGUGGUAAGAGGAGCCCUUGAAUCUCUUGGUGUGUUAGCUGGAACUUAGUAGAAUCAGGGGAACUCUAGAAUCAUUCCCUAAUUAUAUAUAUAUACUUAUUUUGAAUCUUUUUUUUUUCUUUUCUAAAAGGAAACAAGACUUUUCAUUGAAGAAAUGAAAAGAGAUUAAUGCUCAAAAUACAGUGUAAUAAAAUAAGUAAAAUGAAGUAAAUACAACCAAAUAAAAUCCAUGACUAGAGUUGUCCAAAAAAGUAGAGCAAAAAGAAAAACAACCCAAAACAGAAUAAGAUGGCGCUUGAUAGAAGAUCACUAAAUGUGAAACUAAAAAAACCAAGAACCAUGUGAUGAAGCCAAAAUAGGAGCCAAAGGACUUUGACAGCUUUGAAAAAAGGCCACUCCCAUCAAGCAAGAGAAAUAACAUUGAGUUGCCAUAGAAUUUGAAGUAGAGGUCAGAAAGCUCCGACAAGAGUUGCUGAAAAUUUUCAAUCUUCUGCUUGGGAUACUUUUUUGCACAAAAGCUUCUCCUUUUGAAUUCGAUCCAAUUCUUCAUCUAGAUGAGCUAUCCAUUCUUGAAAACAAAACUUCAAUAAAUGUUGUCGAAAUACAGGAGAGAAAAACUCCAAACAGUUAAUGCAGGUAAAAGAACUUCUUGGAAUGCCUUGAAAAUACAAAAUUCUUCGACAAAAAAAAAUAAUGCUGCCGAAAAGAACUCCUUGAAAAGACAGAACCCAACGGCCUUUGUUAAUAUUGCCAGCCGAAACAAAUACUCCAACAAUUCCAAUAAACAUUCCAAUAAACAUUCAAACCAAUCUUUCUAAAGGAUAUUCGUUUGAAGAAGUUGGAGAUACCAAUUUUUUGGGGAACAUGUAUAUCCUGAUGGUUGAUUGCCUUAGGUGGAACAUUAUUUUCUGGUAAAUUGGUUAAUAGAAGCAGAAAAACUUGAGCUUUGUUUAGGAGAGAUAUUGUCAAAUGCACAUUUUGUCUAUAUCUUUUUCCUUCUGAUAUUUGUCAAAAAAUUUUAUUAAUCCAUGCCUUCGUAGGCUUUCUCAAUAACAAGUUUGAUGACCCACUCUCUCUCUCUCUCUCUCUCUUUUUUCUACCUCUUCAUUUGUGAUUGAUUAAAUCUGUAUAAAAAAUUUCUUGUUGGUUAUCUGAAAUUUGUUUUAGAUGACUUUUUGGAUUCUUUCCGUCAUUCAUGAGAAUGGUUAUCAUCUGUUUUGGUGAUUGAUACCUCUGGGGAUCAAGUCAAAUCUAAAAUAGCUCUUAGAAUACCUUAAAAAGUAUCUACUUAUUCCAAGCUUUUAAGAACUCCCCUGGAAACUUGAUGGUCCUGGUGAUUUAUGAUACCUGCCAACUCUUUCACUUCGUUAAUUGUUAUUUCAAUUUAUAGAACACUUUUUGUUUAUAGUUUGUAUUUUAAUACUGUAAUUCACGUUUUGGAAACCAUAGUUUUAGAGUCAGAAAAUACUUAUCAAAUGCACAUUUUGUGCUGCCAUUCCCCACUGCUAUCUUGUAAUAAUGCAUGCAGAGUAAGGAACGACCAAUGUUGAAGGGUGGAAGCUUGCCUUUGGGGUGGGUUACAUUCUAUAACCAGACCACGGCGGUGGAGCGACGGUGGCAUGUGCUUGGACUCGGCCAUGACUCAACCGUGCCGUUAGACGUCAUCGAGAA